AUGAAGGACUGUCUCCAUGCAAACCCAACAUGGGUUGAAAAGGAUAAGCCCGCCUCAAAGGUUCCUGAAGCUGCAAAAAACACCACCAACAUCAAUGUUGUAGCAGUUAACACCGAUACUGAAACCAAUAUUGAGGCAAUUAAAAACCCACCUACUGCUUCUGCCCCGGUGGCUGCUGAUCUUUCUGUUUCUAGCCCCACUCCUACAGCCUCUGAAGCUCUCCCUUCUUCUGAGCCAGUAGACCUAUCUUUUGAAAAUGAUCUCCAAGAAAUACUAUCCCCGGUCCCUCCCUCCUCCCAGCCCCCUACUCUCCCCCCACCCCCUCCUGCCACAGCUUCUUCCCCUAGCCCCCUUGACUCCCUCUCAAUCGUUACUAUCCCUACCAAUCUUGACCGUCGACCAACCCCAUUCAAGCAUAAAUCAUCCCUCAAAAGACCAUCUCUCCUCUCCCCUCCUACGGUAACCCUUUUCAACCCUUUCUAA